CCUCGUUAGCGGCGCCCCUGCCAGAGGCAGCGGGGCCAUGCGGGGGCAGUGAUGCCAUCGCUGCGGGGCUGCGAAGUCCCCCCCUAGUCAGGGGUGCGGAUUUGCCCCGAAAUUAACUUAACCCGAUGGAAGCGGGUCCCAUCGUGACGUCCAAGCAGCGGGAGGAGGUGGUGCACGGGGUGCCGACGGAGGUGGUGUGCACGGCCUUCUCCAACUCGGUCCUCGUGGUGGUCACACAGUACGGCAAGAUGGGCACCAUCGUCUACGUGGACCCCAACACCAUCGGCGACAACGUGGGCAGGCCCUCGCUCACCACCAAGGUGCUGCUGGGCAAGGAUGAGCCCCUCGUUCAUGUUUGUGCCAAAAACCUGGUGGCAUUCGUGUCGCAGGAAGCUGGGAACAAACCUGUUCUCCUCGCCAUGGCUUUAAAGGACAAAACCAUGGAAGGAAUACAGGCUCUCCGAGAAGUGAUCCGAAGUUGCCAAGUGUGGUGAAGUUGUGCCAUCUGGAUUCAAGGAAAUGAUCUUGAGUCCAUGACUCAUCACCACCUAUUUAAAAGGACUAGAAAUGAAAAUGAUGGAAUGUCUUUGUGGUGGUUUUGGACGUCCUGAGGAAUUUCAUGAAUUUUUCUCUACUGUGUAGAACAUUUGUGGGUUUUGUUACUGCGACAGGUUUGCAAGUCCAUAUAGACAGUGGUGAGACAAGCAAUUGCCUCAACGUAGGAGAGAAGUGCUACUUUUAUCUUGUUGGGUGGGUCAUUUAUUUGGGAAAGAGCUCGGCU